AUGUAUACCUCGAGCCCCACCAUUGCCGCCGCCGCGCUAGGCCUGCUGGCUGCUCUUCCCAGCGCCCACGCCAGUCUGUACCUCAAGAGCUCGCCCGUCAUCCAGGUCGAUGCGAAGAACUACGACAGGCUCGUCGCCAAGACCAACUAUACUACCGCUCUCGAGUUCUACGCCCCCUGGUGCGGUCACUGCCAGAACCUCAAGCCCGCCUACGAGAAGGCAGCCAAGAACCUCGACGGCCUCGCCCGCGUCGCUGCCAUCAACUGCGACGAGGAUGAGAACAAGCCCCUCUGCGGCCAGUUCGGCGUCCAGGGCUUCCCCACCAUCAAGAUCGCCCGCCCCGGCAAGAAGUACGGCAAGCCCGUCGUCGACGACUACAACGGCCCCCGGAGCGCCAAGGACAUCGUCAAUGCCGUCGUCGACAAGAUCAACAACCACGUCAAGAAGGUGACCGACAAGGACUUUGAUGCCUUCCUGUCGACCAACAAUGACACCGCCAAGGCCAUCCUGUUCACCGAGAAGGGCACCACGAGCGCCCUGCUCAAGGGCGUCGCCAUCGACUUCCUCGACGUCAUCCAGGUCGCUCAGGUCCGCAACAAGGAGGCCAAGGCUGUCGCGGCCUUUGGCAUCGAGAGCUACCCAUCCCUGGUCCUGCUCCCCGGCGGCGACCAACCCGGCCUGCUGUACGAUGGCGAGAUGAAGAAGGACGGCAUCGUCAAGUUCCUGUCCCAGGCUGGCACCCCCAACCCGGUCACUGGCGCCGAGAAGCCCAAGGCCAAGAAGGAGAAGAAGGAGAAGAAGGACAAGCCCAAGGAGUCUACGAAGAGCAAGAAGCCCGAGGCCGCCGAGGAAUCCACAUCCACCGCUUCAGCCGAGACCCAGGCUGAGACAGCGGCCCCGGAGGAGGAAGUGCCUCCCAUCCCCGCCCUCAGCGGAUACGCCGAGCUUACCAAGGAGUGUCUUGCCCCCAAGUCGGGCAUCUGCAUCCUGGCUCUCGUUCCGAAAGAGCACGGCGAGGAGGCCGAGAAGGCACUUGCUGCGCUCUCCGGUAUCUCGAUCAAGCACGUCCACAGCCACCGCCACCUGUUCCCAUUCUUCGAGGUCCACACCGAGGAUGCCGAUGUCGCAGCGCUCACCAAGACCCUCGAGCUUCAAGCCAAGGUCGAGGUUAUUGCCACCAACGCCAAGCGUAGCUGGUGGAGACACUACCAGGGCGACUUUGCUCCCGAGAGCCUGGAGACCUGGAUCGAUGCCAUCCGCAUGAACGAGGGCGAGAAGAAGAAACUUCCCGAGAGUCUCAUCGCCGAGCCGCCAAAGGAGAGCCCCACGGCGGACAAGCCGGCGGAGGAGACUGUCGAGGUCAAGGUCGAGGAGGAUGUCAAGGUGGAGGUACCCGAGCCCGAGGCCGAGUCCGCGUCUACCUCGUGGCAGGGGGCCGAGCCGACUCCUGAAGCCACCGAGGUUCCGGAACACCCGCGUGACGAGCUCUAA